GCCCGGCACCAUGGGGGCACCGCGGCUGGCCCUGACUUUCCUCACGCUGCCCCUCGUGGUGCGGGCGGCCGCUGGAGGGCAGUGGUGCUACGACUCGCAGGACCCCAAGUGCGGCCCCAGCCACUGGAAGGAGCUGAAGGCCACCUGCGGGGGCAGCCAGCAGUCACCCAUCGACAUCGAGCGGCGCCGGCUCCGCAGGGACGGCCGCCUCGGCGACAUCCUCUUCGAGGGCUACGACCAGGCCCCGCCGGGCAAGUGGCGGCUCACGAAUGACGGGCACACGGUGCUGCUGGGCCUGCAGGGCGCCGCGGCGGCCGAGCACAUCAGCAUCCGCGGCGGGGGCCUGCCCGGCACCUACCGGGCGCUGCAGCUCCACUUCCACUGGGGCAGCCCGGCGGGCAACGGCUCCGAGCACACCCUCGACGGGCGCCAGUUCCCCAUGGAGCUGCACAUCGUCCACAUCAACGUCAACUACCGGACCCUCGCAGAGGCCAAGGGGCACCCGAACGGGCUGGCUGUGCUCGGCUUCUUCUUCACGGUCUCAGACACGGAUAACUCCAACUACAACACCAUCGUGGCUGCUCUGAGGAACGUGUCCCACCAGGGGGACUCAGUGGAUCUGGCCUCCACCUUCCCCCUGAGCAACCUGCUGCCGCACGCCGGGCAGCUCUCCAAGUACUACCGCUACCAGGGCUCCCUGACCACCCCCGACUGCAGCGAGGUCGUCGUCUGGACCGUGUUCGAGGAGCCCGUGGCCGUGAGCCGGGCACAGCUGGGGGCGUUCGUGAGCACCGUGCACUUCCCAGCCGCCGGCUCCGCGCCCCUCAAAAUGACCAACAACUUCCGUCCGCCGCAGCCCCUGCACGGCCGCCGGGUCCGGGCCUCGCGCCUCGCCAGCGCCAGCGGCGCCGCCCGGGGCGCCCGCCCGCUGCCCUGGGCCCUGCUGCUGCUGCUGCCGCUGCCCCUGCUGGGCGCGCGGCCCUCGUAG